AAAAGAAGGGAAAAAAAGAAAAAAAAGAAAAAAGAAAACUACAGGCAGAAAAUAGAGGGAGCAAGUGGGGGGUGAGGGUGGUGAUGAGGGUGCUGCGUUUUGGGAUUAUCAACACAGAGAUAAAAGAGGGGAGACACAAGAAACAAAUGGGGCUGCCAAGAACUUCUAACCCAAUCCUACAACCACCUCCUUAAGAGACCCAACUGGAAAAAUUCCAUCUCUCUCCUCACAUUUUCUCUCCUUCCGGUUCUCCUUAAAAUUUGAUUGUGUGAUCUCAACAUUUUAAAAUGAAAAAGAAAAGGAUUACAUUAGAGUCAAGGUCAGAUUCAUUGAUUGGUGCGUUAACAAUUGUGUAUCAUUUCACAUUUUGAUGAUCUGGGUGGGUUUUGAUUUCGUUGCUUUUGGGGGGAUUUUGUGGGUUGCAAAUGCUUUUGGUUGAUUGUUUCUUCUUUUGGGUGGAAAAUAUGAAGUUGCUUGGAGUAGAUGAUGACGGAAAGUUAGGGGUCUGUAGUGAAUGUGUGCCGUACAAGUAACCCCAUCUCCUUGAGUCUUCAUUUCUGUUUCUUUGAUCAUAAAUUUGCCUUCUUCUUUUGUUGGAUUGCUGUCAAAACCAUUAGAUUAUGCAGAUCGAUGAUUUGUUAGAGUGUGUUUUGAUUCUGAGGCGUUUGCAUUGCUAGCGGCUGUGAAUUCUGUGUUCGUCAUUGCUUGCUGGUGUGAAGAACUGAAGAUAGAUAUCACUGAUUAUUUUUGGAUAUUUAGUAUGUGCUUGGGUCCAUGUCCACAACCUUGUAAGGGGCCACUAGUUGAAAUGCCGAUGCUGUUGGUGGAUAUAGCAUUAGCAUCUCUGUAGAUUUGGACAUUUUCUUUAGAUUUAGUUGAUAUUGCAGAGUGCUGCAUUCUGUGCUCUUCUUUGGAAGGGUAUUUUAAGGAGAAGGCAGCUUUUCUUGUGUUGGUUAAUUACAUGGAUGCAAGAGGAUUCCUUUUGGAUUGGCAAAACUGAGUAACUAUAUAUUUGAAUAUACAGCAGUUGGGAAGAUGAACAGAGUAAAGGACCCAUUUAGGUCUUCUAGGAAAUAAGAUGCCCAUUAGUUUGUAAACUAUGGGCUUGCCACAAGUAUCAUCAAUUAAAACUGCUGAGGAAGUUGCAGAAUCGAUUAGUACAUUUUUGCAAAGUCCACAAUUUGCUGGUUUGAGUACAUGUGAUUUGGAUGGAAUGUCUCGAGGAAGUCCAAGCAGAAUGGGUGGGGAUUCCAUAUGCUCUCCUUCAGGAGAUUUCCAGAGGAAAAGCUCCUUGGAGCCCCCAAAGAUUUCAGAUGAUUUGUUUGAACAGAAAGGGACUGUGGAUGUUACAUCCACUGUUCUGAAGAUAGGUUCUAUGGAUGAAGUAGCUUGGUUCCCUCCUAAACACAGACGGGAUAUUCAGACUCCUGUUUCUAGGAUUGUGGGGUUUGAAUCGGGUGGAAUGAAUUCUAUGAGUACUGGAUUGGAGGGAGAUUCAGUUGACCAUGGCCAUUCCACUGCUCCGGUUGGUAGCACAGUUAAUGAAAGCAAGUCCAGUGGGUCAUUAGCCAGGAAGCGGAUGCUGUCACCUUUGAAUGGUAUGCUUUUUCCAGAACAGUUUAAUGGUGAUCCUCUCGACAUUGGUUGCAGCAAUUUUUCGAUGAAUACCCCUGCUUUUAAUGGUGGCUUUGGGGGUGUGAUGGCGCAAGAUCAUAAGAAGGCAAAUGUUGGAUGCAAGAAGAAUUUCACCUCACCAAUCUGGCCUAUAUCUAAUUGCUCAGAACACAAUAACAUUUUAUAUGAUAAUAGUAGAGCAACUUCCAUUUUUCAAACUGAUGGCCUGAACCAGGAUCACAAUACUUGUGUAUCUUCACCUGAACUUAAUCACUUUAGAGAAUCAAGUAAGGUAAGAUCCAAAACUGGGUCAAUAAUGAUAUCCCCAAAAAAGGUGGUCUCGCCUCCUCUAUCAUUGUCUCCUCUUGGUCCAAAAUUUUCUGAAAGAAUGAAAACUGCAGGAGGGUGCAGGAAUAUCACAGAAGAAAUGCACAGUGAUUAUUUAACUUUAAAGAAUAUGGAAAAGUCGCUCAAUGGAGCUGUAUCAGACAUUUUCUUCACCCAGGAAGAAGAGGUGUUUAGGAUGACAAGAAAAUCAUUUGAUGGUGUUGAGCUUUUGCACAAAGAGUUUUACUCAUCUUCCUUGGAAAGUACUGGCAUAAGUUGGCCUCUGUCACAAAAUUCAGCACCCACACCUCAAUAUAUGAAGUUAGUUAGAAAUUUGAGCAGACUUCCUGUUAGGAGGUCCUUAGUUGGUUCAUUUGAGGAGUCCCUAUUGUCUGGUCGGUUCUCAUAUGGAAAAUUCAAUCAGAGAAUUGAUGGAUUUUUAGCUGUUCUAAGUGUUACUGGAGGGGACUUCUCACCAAAAUCACGGAAACUCCCAUUUUCAGUAUCCAGUGUUGAUGGAGAUAGCUACUUAUUGUAUUAUGCAUCCAUAGAUCUUGCAGGAAAUUUGUUAUCAAAAAGGUUCAGGGCCCAAAAACUGAACAGAGGCCUUAGCAAUGAUGAUUCACAAACUGCUAAGAGUCACCUGCGGAUACCUAUGAAAGGGCGCAUACAACUGGUUCUCAGCAAUCCAGAGAAGACACCCCUACACUCGUUCUUUUGCAACUAUGAUUUGAGUGACAUGCCAAGUGGUACCAAAACAUUCUUGCGCCAAAAGGUUACUAUAGGAUCUUCUUGCCCAACUUCUCCACGGGUGAAUGGUGAACAGAGAGAUCAUGACAUGAAAGUCAAAGACAAGUUGAUUUCAUCCUCAGAUAAAAGCCAUCAAGUAGAGAAGAGCAGGGAACUCACUACUUCAUAUGAAUUUGACAUGCUUAAUGCUAUGAGAUCUAUAGAACCAAGUACUAGUUUUGAAGGAAGGGAUGGUUCAGAUUUAGUUCACUCAAUAGAUACACGGGAUGCAGGGAGGAUUGAUGUACCUUCCCUUUUGCUCGAGGAGGGAUGCAACAGUGCUGAAUCCUCAAGAACUCUUGAAAGUGAGAGCUGGGGGGAUGCAUGCAAUGAAAAUGACAGAAAAUCUGCCCAUGGUUGUUCAAAAGCCAAUGAGAAUUCUACCAGUGCUGGUGCUCUGCGGUACGCUCUUCAUCUCCGCUUUCUAUGCCCUUCGAAGAAAUGUUCUAGAUCCAUUCAGAGAUGCAAAUCUGAUCCUCUAUCAAUACCACAAAGAACUUGCUUAGACAUUGAAGGAGAGAGGAGAUUCUAUUUAUACAAUGAUUUGAGGGUUGUAUUCCCUCAACGACAUUCGGAUGCUGAUGAGGGCAAGUUGAACGUGGAAUACCAUUACCCAGAAGAUCCCAAAUACUUUGACAUCGGCAACUGAAAUCUUUGAAUUCAUCUCCUCAGCUGUUCCCUUACGGGCUUUGUACAUGUUCUUAGUCAUCUUACUUCAAAUGACACUAACCCCAUUCUACCUGUAAAGACUUUAUGAUUCUCAAUAAUUUGAUAGACUAGAUGUUAUUGUCCUCUCUCCAA